AUGGCGAAACACUCGCUUCGCCGAGUAAUCGCGUACAUCGUCGUGCCCACGGGAGCAGCAAGCUACGGCAUCCACCGGGGCCUUAGCCACCUGGAAGAGAAAUACCCGGAGCUACCUGCAAAAGCCACAACCAGCACCGCACUCCGCACUCCAAGCAGCCCAGCUACGCAGCGAUGCGCCUAUACCGACGUCUACGCAACGCGCGUACCUCUGCCAGCCCUCGAAUUGCGCACCCGCCCUUCUUCUUUGUCCACCACCACGAGUGAUAAAACAGCGCUCGAAGACGCCUGGGCGCGAUCAGUGAUUGGCAGCAAGCUCCUGCGCGCCGAAGGCUUCCUCAUCGGCCUCUUCAAGCACGGCCGGUACACGCCCGGUAACACCGGCGACACCGAAGCCGGGUUCGCGCCCGACGCAGAGACCGGCGCGCCGCGUGAGCUCCUCAACGGCAUGCUCGUUGCGCAGCGGGAGCCGGGGUCGCCGGACGCUGACAGCAACGGGCUGCUGAUUUCGUGGCAGAUGGCAGACGAGCCGCGCGCGUUCUUCGAGAAGAUCGCGCGCUGGGGGUAUCCGUGGCGCCUGAUGUCUGGGGGCCGGCAUGAGAUGAGCGUGUCCGAGCCGUUUGAGAUGUGUGGUCAGGGGAGGGUGGUAGAGGUGCGGUUUGCGACGGCGCAUGACUAUGAGGUUGUACCCGAGGAGGGAGGGCCGGAGACGCAGAAGAUUAUUCCUGGUUGGACGGCGCGGUUGCAUCGGGGGUAUGCGAGGUUGGUGUUGGAUCUUGCGGCGAGAGAGGUAGAGCAAGCAGACUGGGAUUGA